UCGAUUCUGAUCACUGAUAUCGAUCCGCUGUGACCCACGCACUGCAGGGUGGAGGUGUGGAGGGGUGGAGGUGGCAUUUCAGACAGGUUUUCUCAGACUAAGAGUCUGGCCUCCUGCAGACUCAUGGCGACGCCAGACUCAAAGCCGGGGGGGCGCCAGGAGUCCAGCCUGCCGUCUGAUGACUUCACAACGAGGUCUGAGGGGUCGAGGCAGGGAUCAGGGGAGUCCAGGAUGAGCUCCUGGGAGUCGGACCUGGCCUCCAUCCAGCACUCACUGAAGUUUGUGUUGGCGCUGAGGGAGGAGUUUGUUUGUCCCGUCUGCAAAGGAGUCGUGCUCAACCCUCAGCAGAACUCCUGUGGACACAUCUACUGCUUCCUCUGCCUCCAGGGACUAAUGGAGAGUUCAUCGCCGUCCAGCCCAGUUUGUCCAGUGGACGGAACUGUGAUCACACCAGCUGAGGUUUUCCAGGACAACUGCUGCAAACGAGAAAUCUCCAGUUUAGAAGUGUACUGCACCAACUCCCCAGCAUGCACCUCUGUGGUCUCGUUACGCCACCUGCAGGAGCACCUGACGUCAUGUCAGUAUGAGCAGCUGCAGUGCUGCAAUCCGGGCUGCAGGGCGGCGCUGCAGAGGAGAUACCUGCAGGAACACCUGACCGACGCCUGUCCUCACCGCACAGUGCCCUGUCCACACUGCCAGCAGCCGCAGAGACUCAGCCUCAUCCAGGAUCAUGUGCAGAGCUCCUGUCCGGAGGUGGAGGUGGACUGUCCAACCAGCUGCUCCCUGAAGGUUCCGAGAUACAAGCUGACAGAACACAGGGAGUCGUGUCCAGAGCUUCAGGUCGACUGUUCUUACAAGAGGUUCGGCUGCUCCGUGCAGGAUAAGAGAGGGAGAGUGAAGCUGCAUGAGGACGCUGCCGUCAAUCAUCACAUGCUGCUGGUCCUGAGGAGCAACAGCCACCUGGAGCAACAGGUGGAGGUUCUCCAGGAGGAGGCGCUGCUGAUGCAGCAGGAGGUGGAGACGGACAGUUUGCUGCUCGUCGGUCUGCAGAAGAAAAUCAGGCCGUUGCUGCAGCAGAACAACAGCCGAGAACAAAUCGUCUCUGCAGCUCAGAGGAAGCUGAGCAGGCAGGAGGACGUCCUGUCCACCGUCCAGCUGGACGUCCAGCAAGUGUCUCUGGGACUCGGCCCGGGUCUGGGGGAGCUGGAGGAGCUCAGGAAGUCUCUGGAUGCUGUGAUCCAGGAGGUGUCGGCAGCCGAGGUCCUCAGAGAACACCUGGGAACCUUGGAGGAGAACCUGAAGCAUCACUCGGGUCUCCUGGACCUCCACACCGCUCAGCUCAGCAGAAACAAGCAGCACCUGCAGGAGCUGGAGGCGACGUCCUACGACGGCAAGCUGAUCUGGAAGAUCGAGGACUUCAGGAGAAGGAGGGAGGCCGAGGUCAGAGGCCAGCCGCCGUGCCUGACCAGCGUGCCGUUCCACACCGGGACCUGCGGCUACAAAAUGGCCUCCAAGGUGUAUCUUAACGGUGACGGGGAUGGACGGGGGUCUCACCUGUCCCUCUACGUGGUCCUGAUGCCGGGAGACUUCGACGCUCUGCUGCCGUGGCCUUUCAGACAGACCGUGUCGCUGUCUGUUCUGGAUCAAAGCGGCGCCGCCAACCACCGCAGCCUCAGCUUCAGACCUGACCCGAUGUCCAAGAGCUUCCAGCGACCCGCCGCCGAGUCGACCAGCAACGUCGCUGUUGGAUUUUCUUCCUUCCUUCCCCUCAACAAGCUGGAGACUCCUCAAAACGCUGCGUACGUCAAAGACGACACGCUGUUUGUCAAAGUGAAGGUGGACAUGACGGGUUUAGACCCGCUGUAGGCUUCUGUUCUCUACGUUACUGGGUUUUUAGGAUUAAUUUCUUAUUGUUACGUUGGCGCAAUCUGGUGGUUCAGGUAGGACACCAACGCAACACAGACUGAUACAACUUUCACCAUCAUUUUAUUAUUUUUCUAGGAAACAUGCCAUCAGAAUAUUUUUUUAGAAGUUUAAUCAUGUAAAACAAGCUGACUUUAAAGGUAUAGUUUGAUAUUUGGGGAAAUAUUCCCUUUCUUUCUGACAAAUGUUCAUAUUGAUAAGGUUUUUCCUUUAAGCUUAAGGAUCAUCUCAGGGAUUCUUUAAUGGAGGUCCGACUGCGAUCACUCAUAAUUAUUUAAUGCCACUGGUCUUGAAGUCACAACUUAAUUAUCUGACACUUGGUGAUUAAAUCAAGUUAUUUAAGUCUGUUAUCCUGAGAUCAGGAUCUAAUUACAGAUAUUGCAGAUAUUAAACAGUUAAGUAUGGAUCUUAAUCAUUCUUAUCAGCACUCUGUAUUAUCUCAAGUUAAUAAUGAAGUCUUUAUCUUCGGGUAAAGGAAAACUUAAUUGCAGCAAAGAAGAUGAUGAAGUUGUGAUCACAAGAUAAACCGGCUGCUGUUUGUCUACAAAUACAAUAAGUUAUUUCUCUGUGGCAGCUACUGCAGACAAGUUUUACUGUUUGUUUAUUCUUCUGGGUGUCUUGAUUUUACAGCAACCGUCUGCUCAAAAAUACCCCAAAAAGUGUGUGUUCAGUGGACAGAAGUCAUUUAAUCGGGCUGAACAGGAGAUGAAAUGUGAAGAUCCUUGUUUCUGAUUGGCUGCGUGUUACUGCAUCUCCACUAGAAUUUAAAAUAAAGUUCUGUGAGUUGACGUUUGGACAGACAGCAUAAGUUUAACUCUCUAUAGGAUGAGAAUAUUGACUGAUUUUAGAUUAAUUUCACAGUAUGACUGAAGCUCAGGCUUGACGCAAAAACAAACAUGGACACAUUCUUCAGGUAAAGGUAUCGAGAUGGAGGAAGGGGGGAAAGUUGUGUCAGUAACAAAGAGAACGAGGUACUCCAUCUUUCUGUGAAAGAGACGACUCAAGGUUUUAUCAAAUGACUGAGUAGGAAGAAAUGAAGUCUUCUGUUGAAUAAAGUUUUGGUCCUUUCAUCUUUUUCACUAACAUCUCUGACUUUAAACUUUCGAAGCAUUCUUGUCUUUUUUU